AUGUAAGGGAAAUUGUACGUCCAAAAGUCAGGAUUACAACGAUUGGACAAAUGAACCACUUCCGCUUGCGGUCACGGGACCCAACAGGUAUGUCUGAUGACGUCAGCAAGGUGACACCCACCUCCCUGCAGUCUGCGGUUCAGCCGAGUCACUCCAACUGUUGAUGUGUUACUCCGCGGGAAACAAUUGCUCUUCGUUGAAGAUUUCUUGGAGUUUGUCUCGUCCGGCCGGCAGAGCAGCAGUCAGCUCGACGCAUUCAAAGAUGGCCUCCAGGAGUGCAAAUGACUUUUGCCGCAUAUGUGGAGGUGCUCUUCAGGGAAAUCAAAGGCGAUGGCUGUUUGGGGGCCAACACAAGAAGGCAGGUCAGCCUCAGACCCCCACAAGGUCCCUGCGUGGAGGAAGCCUAUCCGGGUCAACGCCAAGCAGCCCGUGGGGCAGCAUGUUGUCCCUCGGCUCCUCCUCGUCUCUCUCCAAGUCCCAGUUGUCCCUCAACUCCCCUUCCAAAAACACGGAUCUGCUGGCAAUUCUGACCCACAUCGUAGGCCAGCCGGUGGUUCGGGGCGAGGGGCGGGGAGAGUUUGUGUGCGGCAAGUGCAUGUGCGUUCUGGAGCGGGUUUUCAAGUUCGAUUCGGUCAUCGUGAGGGUGAGAAAGCUGUCGUCCGAGCGGCUUCACACGCUGACGCAGGAGCGUGACCGCAUUCGACGUUGGGUGCGGCAGAUCUACACCCAGAGGCACCCUCACGACGUGUCCAGCCGUUGUAGCACCAGCGAGGAGGACGGCGAGGCGGAGAAGGAGGACUACCGGGACAUGCUGAAAGAAAAUAUGGCUCUAUCCGAGUAUGAGUGCUGGUCCGAGAAGUGGGACGCGUGUCCGUAUUUUAUCCGAACGGGUAAAAGAUGCAAGAAAGGUCAAAACUGCGAAGGCUGCGACUCUUUGCGGGUGUCUGACUCGGAUUACGAGUCCGUGUGUGGCGUUCCUCGCCACGUGCCUUUCCAGCUGCUCUCUCCGCUGCCGUUGUCCCGGGGUAAAUCCCACAGCAUGCCCCUCCACUGGCAGAGGAUCCCAUCCGUAUGCUCAAGUCCCGCCUCCCUGGCGGCGUCCUCCCGCACCGAGUCCAUGCAGUCUCUGGACUCCCUGGACGGCUUGGACCCGUUUGAUUCGCUGGCCAAUCAGUCAGUCAGCUGCAUCCUGCGGGAACUCAGGUGCAUGGAAGGAAGGCCUGUCAACUCGCCAUCCGGGAGCAAGAUUCCAGUCCUGGCCAGGAAGAACAAGAGGCGGCGGUCCAGCGAGGUGACUUCUCCCGCCGUGAGCAGGAUCCCGAGCUUUGGCGAUGAGGAGAACAAGGAGCGUGAGGACGUUCUCACUGAGUUGAAGGACGAGUUCCUGCCUCUUCAUCAGCAGAGCAACACUCGCCGGGUCCAGCAAGUCGUCAGGCGCCUGCGAGGGCAACUCGACCAGGCCGAGGCCCGCGUCAGGACCCUGGAGACUGACGUGAAAGUGAGCUCCACGAAGAUGAGCGGUGAUGGAACGCACUUUCUGCCGGAGGAAAACGCCGCCUCUGUGCUGCCUCGCCUGGCUCACUCCCUGCACAGCCGCCAUCGUGUGAUCCAGGAGUGCAUGGCUGUGAUCAGAAGACUGUGUGUGGAGGGAGAAGGAAGAGGCGGCGUCGUGCUCGCUGAGGAAAUCAUCAACAAACUGUGCGAGAACCUGAAAGAAAUCCUCAUUGACGAGAAGGCCGCCAUGAAGAGUUUGUCAUCUGAAUUGGCCGAGAAAGAAAAGCAUCUGGAGGAAGAGGUGUCUUCACUAAGGAAAGCCGCAGGAGACCGCGAGAUGGACCUGGACACACUAAACACGGUGCUCCAGGGCAACCAGGACGUUAUCAACCAGGGUCUUCGGAUGGCUCUGGAUGAGAAGGAACAUCACCUGCAAGAGGUGGAGAAGGAGAGGGAGGUGUGGAGGCAGCGGGACAGGGCGCUCGCUGCCACCAUAGAGGAGAAGGAGGCGCUCAUCCACGUCCUCAAGGUGGAGCUAGAGAGCUGUCAGAGUGCCGUUGAGGCUCUGUCGGAUUCUGUGAUUUGCCAAGGCUUGGCAGGGGGCGGAGCUGAAGCAGCUCUGGCUUCGCAGCUGAAGGAGAAGCAGAGUCACCUGGCCGCCUUGCUGAAGGAGCGAGAGGGACACAGCGCCGCCUUGUGCCAGGAGGUCACCAAGCUCAGCGCCACCCUGAAGGAGUACCGGACUGUUGUUGAGAGUCAGCAGGAGAAGCAUACUCGGACCAUGUCCUCGCUGUCGGCUCAGCUCAGUAACACCAGGCGGGCGUUGUGUGAGGAAGAGAAGCGACGGAAGGAGGCGGACAGAACACGCCUGAACCAGCGAGAGGACGCUGAGCGAGCAGAGAGGAAACUGAGAGCCAGCCUGGAGAAGAGAGACCAACUCAUAGAGCAAAUCCUCCGGGAUGCUGAGGAGCGGGACCAUCAGUUUGUGGAGGAGAUGCAGUUCAACUUGCAGAAGAAACAUGACGAGCGCUUGUGAAACUCAGGAUGGCCAAAUUAGCACUUUAGGCACCAGCUUUUACUGACAAUAUCGUACUUGGCGUAUAAUGGUGGUGUGUGUUUCUAUUUAAUUCCGCAAGAUUGCACAAAGAGAUGCUGGGUUCUGGUAGAACCCGCAGGGAACUCUGAGCUUUGAUUGUCAGCUACUGCCUUUAUGGAAAAAGCUUGAUUUAAAAGAUUAGCACUUAUCACUGUAUGUGUACAGUCAUUGAUUUUUGAAUGUCAUCGGUCUCACGCUGGAUGUAGUGAUACAUUGAUUUGACGCUACAUUCUCUGAAUUAUAACCUUCUGUCUUUUGUCUUUUUUUGUUUGCAGUUUGGCACAAAAACAGUCUUUAAGAACUUUGCGCCCCUGCUUUCAGAUUUCUAUUUGAGGAUGUAUUUUUCAGUGUUUUUUCUUGUAUUUGGGGUUUUUUUUGUUUUGUUUUUUAGCUCAAGAGAAUUAAAUACUCUGA